UAAUUUAUUUUAUUAUUAUUUUGUUAUUUCAAAUAUUCUCGUCGUUUAUAGAAACGUAUAUUGUUAUGUCCAAGCUUCUAUUAUAUAUUUUAAAAGUAGACUGUACGAAUUACGCUUAAAUUAGAAGUGAGAUGUUAAACUAAAAAUCUGAGAUUAUUUAUUGCAUGACCUGCUGAGUGCUGCUCAAUAACAAUGAAGUUUAAGCAUGGGUACUAUAAGAUGUUUGUCAACACUUGUGCGAAAUAUCCAUCAAGAGUCGCGAUGCGACACCAUUGCCGCGGUCAGUUUAUCAACUAUACAUAUUCUGAGCUUUAUGGUAUCUGCGAAUACUUAUCACAAAAUAUGCAACAGCUGAAUUGUAACAAAAAUAUUAUUGGAUUAAUAACAGAUCGAAAUAUUAUAAUUCCUUGCUUGAUUGCAUCGGCACACAAAUGCAGCUCCAUUUUUAUGUUCCUUGACCCAGAACAAGAUUUCCAUUCAAUUAUUAAUGAGAUGCAAUUUGACUUCUUGAUAUCUGUCAGAAAUGUUAAUAGUAGGUCAACAGAAAUAUUAAAUAGAGAACCUGACAAAUCACUAACAAUCUUUGAUUUGGUCGUAGAUAUGUACUGUGUACAAUCAAAGAAUAUUCAUAACAGAAUAUGUUCUGAGCAGCCAUCAUUUAUAGCUUCAACCUCUGGUAGUACUGGAAAUCCCAAACUUAUACAGGUACCAAUACAAUGUUUGCAACCUAAUAUUGAUGAUUUGACUAAAAUAUUCCAAAUAACUCCAAGUGAUGUCAUUUAUUUCUCCACUCCGCUUACUUUUGAUCCAUCAAUGGUUGAAAUUUUACUUGCCAUAACAAAUGGAGCUUCCCUUCUAAUAGCUCCGGAAAAAUCAUGUUUAUUAUUCCCAGAAGAUUUGGAAAAUUCUAUAACAGUUUGGCAGACAACACCUUCUAAGUUCUUUCAGCUCUCUAAUACAGAAAUAAUGAAUAGAAUUUUAAGUGCUAAUUCUACUUUAAGAAUAUUGGCAUUGGGUGGUGAACCACUGAUUGGUGUUAAAAGAUUGAAAGAAUUGAAACAUGAAGACAAUAGAACAAAAAUUUAUGCCUUAUAUGGAGUCACUGAAAUGUCCUGUUGGGCCACAGUGGCUGAACUGGAUUUGAAUAAAAUUGCUAAUGAUGCAGAAGUACCAUUGGGUGACUGUCUUUCAGAAACAAAUAUAUCUAUUAAAACUUUAGAAAAAGAAAAAAAUAAAGGAAAUAUUGUUUUGAUUAGUAAAACAAGAAAAUGCAUAAUAUUCAACAGAAAUACUGGAAAUGAAGAGGUGAAUUCUCUAAAAUUUUUGGAUACUAAUGAUGUAGGAGAACAAAAGAAUGGGACCAUUUACUACAGGGGCAGAAGAGAUGACAUUAUCAAAAGAUUUGGUCAUAAAAUAAACUUACAAUCAAUAGAGUCUACUAUAAUGCUUUGUCCUAGAGUGAACUCAUGUUCGUGUGUGUGGCUCCCAAAACCAAUGUUACUUAUUACAUACUUUUCAUCUGACACACUGAACAGUCAAGAACUGGGAGAUUUCCUUAAAUGCAAACUAGAUGAUAAAUGUUGGCCAGACAAGAUUGUAAGAGUUGAUAAUUUACCCAUAAACCCACACGGCAAAGUAUCCAGAAAAUUAUUAGCACAAAUGUUUGAAAAAUUAUCACCAUUAAAACAAUCAGUAAAGAAUCUUAAAAAUGUCCUUCUUAAAGAGCUCAAAGUCACUUUGAAUAGAAAUUUCACAUAUGAUGAAGUUAAAGAUAUGGACUUUUACGCAAUUGGUGGCACCUCAUUUCUUGCAAUGUCUAUGUGUAACAAAAUCUCAUUAACCUCUCCACAAUUUGGUAAACUUAUUCUGCCUUACUUGCUAUCACAAAGACACACCAUUGAUGAAAUAGUGCAGCUAGCCUCUAAAGAAUUGGAUGUCGAAUCACAUAAGCCAAGGAAACGACUGAGGAGGACAAAAUCUAUAAGUAACGAAAGCAACACAUUGUCAAGAACUCAAACAACUAAUAAGUCUGUAGUUGGUGUGUCAAGCCCAGUAGAAUUUAUGGUGGUCUGGACUUACGACACUGGGAAAUGUGUUGACUGCUCACCAACUUUAUUUCAACAUGAAUUCACACUAUAUGUCACUGCAGGCAGCCAUUCGGGUAAAGUUGUGGUAUGUGAUGCAAUAAGUGGUUUCACACGAGGUGUAAUAAAAGUGAAGUCACGAAUAGAGGCACCUGUAUUUUGUACGGCGGAGGCCCCAAGUACGGUUCCAUGUGGAAUAGUUGGUGCCUAUGAUGGAACAGUAUUAUGUUUCACUCUAGAAGAAUGCAAGGAGUUGUGGCGAGCUAAUAUUGGAUGUAUGAUUAAAAGUAAGGUGACAUGCUGUAAUGGAGUUUUGUUUGUUGCUGCAUAUGACGGAAAUGUGAGAUGUUUGGAUAUUAAGACAGGUGAAAUACUGCACAGCAUACAAGUUAGUGACCAAGCUAUAUCUGCUGACUUAGUUCUUGCCAAGAGUGAAUAUGUGUUACUGGGCACACUCUCUGGAGUGUGCGCCAGUAUUCAUACACAGACCAGGACAGUGGUCUGGCGAGGCACUCUCAGUAGCCCUGUGUUUGCUAGUCCUGCUCUUUAUGACAAUGAUAAAUAUGUGGUGUUUGCUGAAGUUAAUGGAGAAAUACACUGUCGUACUGUUGAAAAGGGGAUAAAGAUUUGGAAAUACCAAGGUGCACGAGGCAACAUAUUCUCAUCAAUCCAUAUUCGCGAAGUUGAAACUUAUAAAUGGCAAAUGAUAUUUGGAUGUCAUGAUAGCCACGUGUAUAGUAUUAUUGUGAAAAACUUCCAACCAUGCCUGACCUGGAAAACACAACUACCCUCGGCUGUAUACUCAACUCCAUCUAGGAUAAGUGACAAAUUGGUGGUAGCAGCUUCAAAUAAUGGUGUUCUCUCCAUACUGGAAGUGGACACAGGAACUGUUAUAGCUGAUUUUGCGUUGCCCAAUGAAACAUUUUCAUCCCCAGCUGUAUAUGGGGAUUAUAUUUUUAUUGGUUGUAGAAAUGACCAUAUAUAUGGCAUAAAGUAUGUUUUAAAUUUCUAAAUUCUGAAAAUAUGUUGUUAUAUUAUCAAUGUUGUUAUUACUUCUCUAAGGUGAAUUUUUUUAUUAUUAUAUUAAAUUGCUUGUAAGUAGGUAGGUACCUACAUAAUAUAGUAACAGCCGAAAGUCAUAAUUCUUUUGAAAACAAAAUAUAUCUGUGAUAUUAAAAA